CAGUUUCGUUUUUCUUAUUUGGAGUUUCGUUUCUCUGGAAGUGAGUAAUAGUCUCUAUAUAAAGAUCCCCAACACAGAUACUCUUCAUUCAGCUUCAGAACCCAACACAGAUCCUGUACACCCAGCCUCAUAUCCUACUAUGGGGCUUUUGACGUAUGCCGCUGUUGCUGCUGGAGCAGCAGGCUCUGUGGCUGCUGUCCCCUUGGUCCUGGGAGCGGUCGGCUUUGGAUCAGCAGGAAUAUUAGCUGGUUCCGUGGCAGCCAAAAUGAUGUCAGCUGCAGCCAUUGCUAAUGGAGGAGGAGUGGCUGCUGGAAGCACAGUGGCUGUUCUCCAGUCAGUGGGAAUGGCUGGGCUCUCUGGAAGUGCUACAGCAGCUGUUGGCAGUGUUGGAGGGACUUUGGGUGCUAUUAUUGCAGCAAUCGUGUAAAAUUAUAUAUAUAAAACAAGGAAUAUUACAUUGUACAAAACAUAAUGGAUGAUUAGUCUCAUUGUCAAAAACUUAAAUUCUCUUUCUAAAAAUAAAAGUUUUACAUUUUAA